AUGGCGGUUCGAAAAUCAUGGUUUUUUGUGCUUUUGGAUUUUCACUAUUCAAAGGUCUCUUCUACUAUUGGCUUUAUUCGAGCGUAUGCGAUAUGCAAGGCAGAUUUCACUUGUCCUGAUUGGUUUUCUUCGGAAGCUCAAAUGUUGAUUAAUAGAAUUCUUGAGCCAAACCUAGAGAAGAGGAUUUCCAUCUCCCAUGUAUUGGAGUGCUCAUGGUUCAAGAAAGGUUACAAACCUGUCAAAUUUGAGGAUCAGAAGGUUGUGGCCUCAAGUGAAACUGUUUUACUCUUCAGCAAUUCAAGUGUAUCUUUCAGGCUUUCUGGUGGAAAGCGAGAGAUGAGAUUAACCCUGAGAUGCUCUACAUCAGAAAUCAUGCAAAAAAUGGAGGAGAGCACAAAGCCACUAGGUUUUAAUGUCAAGAGUCUUGAUUACAUGGCGAAUGCACAAGUUUCCAAAGCAUAA